GAUGCAACUCCACUGCGCGCUGCAGCGCUGUGCUCUCCGACGGUGGUACUGUGUGUGUGUGUGUAGUGUUGUUUUAGAGAGAGAACGAGAAAGAUGGAUGGGGAACAGAGCUAACUGGAAGCGUGAUGCUCUUUGUUGCGAUACUGUUGCUCGACUCUCUGUUUUCGCAGGAUUGAUCAUCAGGCCUUGCCAAUAAACAACCUCACUCAGAGGAUCUGUGAGCACACUGAGGUGCCUUAAUAGAAAAAUCUUUGGCACUGUCACAUCCCUCAAUCACUUGCAUCGCAAGUCUCUCAGUCCCACCCUCAUCACUAACCUCAUUUGUUGCCUUUAUUCUCCUCAGAGACAACUGCCUUUCCUGCACCAUGCACAAAAGUCAUUAUCUCCAACACUUUUGCUGCUAGCUAUGUUAUCUCACCAGCAGCAACACUUGUGCUCACUGAAUUUACAAGUCAAAUCUGCCAGAGGUGCGUGCACCGCACAGUGUAAUCUUUGGUUGAUCCUGUCCCUGAGGCUUUUAUCUCCUAUAAGCACUGUUAUUGUAUGAGGGAUACAAAAGCUGAGACCAUCUAAAGCUCACAGUCACCUUCCAACUGUUGACAGAGUUUCUAUUAUUCCUGGUGUGAGUCCCCAUGUGAGAGGAGUUAUAAGCCAGGGAGAAAGGAGGACUUGCAAAUCAAAUUGCUUUAAUCCAUUGGAGCAUCUGUCUUCAUUCUCCAGAGGGCGGCAGGGUGUGUAGCAGCGGAGCACUGAGCCCUGAUCACGACUGGAAAGGAAAACAAAACCUGUCACUGAGGAAUCAAAUGAUGUGCCUUGGUCAGCCAGCUGUGCAAUACAUGUAGGCGUGAAGGAUGUAGAGCCAGAGGGGGGGGCAGGAUGGAGUGCUCCUGGAAGACGGUGCUGCUGCUGGUCUGUGCGUCUCUGGGGGUCCAGUACACGGCCAUCCGCACCCUGAGGGACUCGCUGUCUGGACCCUGUCAGGGAGCUUACCGCUGCCAGACCAGACACCACAGAGACUCCAGGUGGAGAGCUUUGUGCGAAGACAGUUGGAUGCUGGACGAGUCGCCUCGCAAGCACAUCCUGCUGUUUGCCACCACGCGCAGCGGCUCCUCCUUCACCGGGCAGCUCCUCAACCAGCACCCAGGGAUAUUCUAUGUGUUUGAACCUCUCUAUCAUGUCCAGCAGGCCUUCACCAACUCCAGCAGCAGGCUGCGUCGCACCCUGGAUCGCAGGGCCUUACUCGGAGCAUACAGGGACCUCCUCCUCAAUCUGUACACCUGUGACCUUCACUUCAUGGAGAAUUACAUCCGUCCAGAGCCCCAGGACCAUGUCACAAACUCCUUCUUCCGCAGAAGCUCCAGCCACGCCCUUUGUUCCCGUCCCGUGUGCAUGGAAGGAGGAGAUGUAGCGGCGUCCGAUCCGCCUGAUGAAACCUGGUGUCCUAAGAAGUGUGGGGCCCUCAACCUCACCUUAGCCUCUAUGUCAUGUCUGUCAAGAGGACACGUAGCCAUAAAGACUGUGCGGGUCCCUGAGGUGGGGGACCUGCGGACCCUGACAGAAGAUCCACGUCUGGACCUGAAGAUCAUUCACCUGGUGAGAGACCCCAGAGCCAUCCUUGCCUCACGCAUGAUGGCAUUUUCAGACCAGUUCCGUGCCUGGAAAAUAUGGAACGUGACAGGACGGCAGCCUCGAUAUGUGGACCUGUCGCAGAUCACCAGCACCUGUAAGGACAUGGUGGCCUCUGCAGAAACAGGCCUGCAAAGACCGGCAUGGCUGCGGGGACGCUACCUGCUGGUGCGGUACGAGGACCUGGCGUUCAACCCGAAGGACAAGGCCACUGAGAUCUAUAGAUUUAUGGGGCUGGAGAUGGAGGACAGUGUGAGGAUGUGGAUUGCAAAGAACACCAACAGUAACGCUUCGUCUCCGUCUGAGUGGAACUACAGGUACUCCACCACAAGAGACUCCAGAGCCACAGCAGAGAGCUGGAGGCUACGUCUCGGAUUUGACAUUGUGAGGACUGUGCAGAAUCUGUGCAAUGACACUCUGGCUCUUCUGGGAUACAAGCAGGUUCACUCUGCAACUGAACUCAGAAACUUGUCCCAGAGUUUGGUGGAACACAGAACCUUUCAACCAGUCACAUGGUAGAUUUGGUAAAGGUUUUUUAAAAAAUCUGUCAUAUUCAUUUCUGCUGACUUUCCUCUCUGUCAUGAUGCUGAUAAAAUGAAUGUAAUUAAUCUUAAUUUGUAAUAAUGUCUAAAGUAAUUUAAUAUCACUUGUAUUUAAAUUUUUUAUUGUUUUGUUAAAGAUAUUAAGUGCCAAAUUUCAAGCGUGUGAGUUGCUAGUCAAUACUGCUGUAUGUGUUGAUGAAAAACUCUUCUUGUACCUGUAGAGCAAAACACAGCAUCCUGGAAUGAUCACUGGGUUAUCAUGCUGUUUUUUUUUCAUCAUUCAGUUUUCUCGUCAUUUCAAAAGACACUUGAAAGAGUCCAGGUACCAUUUCAGAGUUAAUCUGACCUUUAAUCAGACAAAAAGUGAUGUCAGUGAGACACACAGGAAGCGAGGGGGAUUUAUUAGUAAAAAAAAAUAAUGAAAAGAAAAGAAAUUAUAGGGCUUGCCCUCCAAGCAUCUCUAAUGCAUCUAAGAAAAGGAUUAAAAUGUCACGUCGUAGGUAGAAAAUCUUCACCGGUGCAAUCUUCUGCAGAGUACAGCAGCUCUAAUUUCUACGUGAAGAUGUUGAGAAUAUGAGACUAAAUGUUUUUUCUUUACUAAAAACGCUUAUUUACAAAUACUGUAAAAACUGUUACAAUGCAAGUGCGCAAAUGUUAUGUACUGGAUGUGUUUGGACAUUUUUGUCAGUGUAACUAUACUGUUUAUAUUUUUUAGACUUUUUAAAAUAAAUUAUUCAUAUGUAAGUAA